UUUGUGUAUAUAUUUAUAUUUAUAUACAUAUAUGUAUAUGUAUAUAUAAGGGGGUUGAGAGUUGGGGGGUUCAACAAGACCAUAAUUAAACAAACCCAAAAAAAAGAAGAAGAAAAACAAAAUUGGUUAAAUUUAAUAUUGGGCUAGUUAUUAGUAUGGCCAUUAUUAUUUCUUCUUCUUCUUCUUUUUCAUUUUCAUUUCUUAUCUUAUUUUGUGUUUGGCUAUUUGGGUCAUGUUUGGCUUUGGAAUCCAAAGAGAGUAUUUCUCAUCAUCAACAUCAUAAUACUCAUACUCUUCAACUCAAUUCUCUUUUUCCAGCUUCUACUUGCAACCCUUCAUCCACAGUGGACAACAAGGAUGCUACAUUGAAAGUGGUACACAAGCAUGGACCAUGCUCCCCACACCAAGCCAAAACUAACCAUACUCAAAUCCUCCAACAAGACGAAUACCGAGUCAACUCCAUCCGAUCUCGCCUUUCUGAUAAAACUGCAGACGCUACGAUCUCUCGUGGCGGCCGCGGUAGCAACACAAGAGCUAAGAAGGAUGCCACCACCCUCCCGGCCAAGUCGGGGGCAGUGGUGGGAUCAGGUAACUAUAUAGUGACUGUGGGGCUAGGCACACCGAAAAAUGACCUAUCUUUGAUUUUCGACACAGGUAGUGACAUAACUUGGACACAAUGUCAACCUUGUGCCAAGUCGUGCUAUGACCAAAAGGAGACUAUAUAUGAUCCCUCCAAAUCUUCUACUUACUCUAAUGUUUCUUGUACCUCUGCCGAGUGCACUCUACUCAAAUCUGCUACAGGUAAUAGUCCAGCUUGCUCUUCUGGUACGUCCACGUGUAUUUACGGCAUCCAAUACGGCGACCAAUCCUUCUCCGUUGGCUACUUCGGCAAAGAAACACUAACUCUGUCAUCUUCCGCCGUUAUAGAUAACGUCCUUUUCGGUUGUGGCCAAAACAACCAAGGCCUUUUUGGUGGGUCCGCGGGCCUAUUGGGCCUGGGCCGAAACAAACUCUCAAUAAUCGAACAAACGGCCCAAAAAUACAAUCGCUACUUCUCAUAUUGCUUACCCAGCACAGCCAGCAAAACCGGCUACCUAACCCUAGGAAACGGCGGCUCGGCUUCAAACUCAGUCAAGUACACGCCACUCUCCACCAUAUCCGGCGGUGCGUCGUUCUACGCUCUACAAGUUCUGGCCAUAAGCGUAGGCGGAAAGAAGCUUCCGAUUUCGGCUUCCCUUUUCCAGACAGCCGGAACGAUCAUCGAUUCCGGCACAGUCAUUACUCGGCUUCCGCCGACGGCUUACGGCGCUAUGAGCUCCGAGUUCAAGAAACAGAUGAGUAGCUUGGGUUAUCCGACGGCUCCGGCUCUAUCGAUUUUGGACACGUGUUACGAUCUGAGUAAGUAUAAGAGUGUGACGAUUCCAAAGAUUGGAUUCUUCUUCGGCGGAGGAACGACGGUGGAUCUUGAUGCGACGGGGAUUCUUUAUGCUUCGAAGAUUUCUCAGGUGUGUUUGGCGUUCGCCGGCAACGGAGACGAUGGUGACGUGGCAAUAUUUGGGAAUGUUCAACAGAAGACUUUGCAAGUGGUUUAUGAUAUAGGUGGAGGGAGAAUUGGGUUUGGGACACGGGGCUGUUAGUUAUAAUUAAUUAAUUAAAUAAUAAUUAUGAUUAAUUAAGUUGAGCUAAUAAUUAAAGAAAAGAGAAAAGGGUAUGAGUUUAUUAUUAGCUCAAGCUUAAAUAAGUUUAGCUAAACCAUGCUUUUUUUUUCUAAAAAAAAGGUUUUAAUACACAUUUAAAAUUGAAAUAUUACAAUCAAGGCAGCGGGAGUAUCGAUCAUUGAUUGUCUUAUUGUAAUUUUAGAUUAUUUUAUCUAAAAAAAAUUGAAAUAUUAGUGAAAA